AUGCCUUCGACAAAGUCCAUCGCUGUCGUCGCGACCCUCGCAGCAGGCGUCGCCGCAAGCAACUGCAAACCAUCAAAACCCACCACCACCACCUCAGCUCCCACCACAACAUCAUCAUGCCCCGCCUACACGCUCAUCUCAGAGCCAGCCGAAGACAUCAACUGCAACGUACGCGGUGAACCCAAAGAGGGGCAAAACCAGGUUCUGGAGAGUUUAUAUCUGGAAGAUUGCGCGCAGAAAUGUAAAGAGUUUGAUCUUUUCAACUGUGAGCUUAUUAGCUUUGAGGAGCCGGCUUCGCCAGAGGAGCAGGGAAGUUGUACGCUGUAUCCGGAUACUGAGAUUGUGGAGAGGCCGAGGGGGGGAGAGGUUGUUUAUUAUGAUUCGAGGUGUUUUGCGUGUUAUACGAGGGGAGGAAGGGGAGGAGGAAGGAAGUUUAGGGGGAGGAUUAGGAGGAGCUAG